AUGGGUGAUAUGGAUCGAAAAAGAGUAUUAAAAUUGAAAUACGAAGAAAAAAUUAGUGAACUGGAAGCAGAGAUGAACAGGACGUUUGCGAGGAUGGAGAAUCUGGACAACGACCAACAAGAUAAAGAAUUAGAAUUCGAAGAUAUCCCACAGUCUGAGGGAGACGCGGCAAAUGCGGAACAUUUCCCCACUGAGGAGGAGAACACACCGAUGGAGGACGAAGCAGAUUUGUUUCUAGGUGCUAAUCCGGAAAUAGCUGCAUUAGCAGAAAUUGAAAUAAAAGAGGACCUCUCAGCAAGAAUCAAGUCCUGGUUAGCGAAGGGUUUGGCUAGCAAAGAGGAGAAGGAAAAAUUAUUAAAAAUAAUUCCUAGGAAAGGAAAUGUAAAUUUGGAAGCUCCGCUACUUAAUGACGAAAUCUUGGUUGACACUAACCCUAAAGCUUUGACCCGAGACGACUUUUUUAAGGAUUAUCAAAAUCUAACUGGAUCCGCUUUAUCAGCAGUCGCUACAGUUUUAGAUAUGAUCUUUAAAGAUGCAGAGGACCCUCUGGAAAGAGACGUAAUUUUAUCGAAUCUUUCUAAUGCUGUGAAACUUUUAAGUCAUUUAUUUUUUUCCUUAAAUCAAGCUCGUAAGUCGUUCAUUAUGGGCAAAUACGAGGAUAAAAUACAAAAAAUCUUGAAGAAGGUGAAAUCGACAUCCUUAUUAUUUGGUGAUAACCUUAAAGCAGUGAUUGAGAGCUCCAAGGCUAUGGAGAAAGUUUCCCGGGAUUUAAAGCCCAAGGUCAAGACUUCCGGAAAACCAAACAGUUCUUUAAACUGGAAAAGCUCGCCCGUCACGAGGGAGGCAAAACAGAACGAGACCAUACUCGUUGAAGAGGACGUACACUCAAUCCCAACCACAACAGAAUCGCCGCUAGCUACUAAUGAGGUGAGUUCCGCGGCUAGAUUAAGAUAUUUCGAGAUUAAUUGGAAAUCUAUCAUAGAAGAUCGUUUUAUUUUAGAAGUGGUUAGAGGUUACAAAAUUGACCUUAUAGAUAAGGUUACACAAAAGAUUCAACCCACUCAUUUAGAACCAAAUAACGAUUUAGAUCUCGCUAUAAAUAACCUUCUCGACAUAAAAGCAAUUGAAAAAUGUUCUCCGGAAAAGGGCCAGUUAGACUUGAAGGAUGCGUAUUUGACCGUACCCGUAGAUUCAAACGAUAAAAAAUACCUCCGUUUUAAUUACAGAAAUCAACUCUACCAAUUUAAUUCCCUUCCCUUCGGCUUGUCGUCAGCUCCUUUCGUAUUUACCAAAUUAGGUAAACCAGUGGUAAACUGGUUAAGAGAAAGGGGUGUCAAGGUCGUAAUAUAUUUAGACGAUCUUUUGAUUUUUGGAACUUCCGAAGAAGAAUGCGCGAAAAACGUCAGUUUAGCUAUAGAAAUUCUCGAAUUUUUGGGUUUCAUUAUCAAUUGGAAAAAGAGUGAUUUAGUUCCCAAACACUGCUGCCAAUUUUUAGGAAUGAUAAUUAACUCCCAGCAGACGACCUUAGCACUUCCAGAAAUUAAAAGAUUAAAAAUUAAAAACAUGUUGGACAAAAUACUUAGAGACAAGAAAAUUAAAAUUCAGAAAUUAAGUGAAUGUAUAGGUGUACUAGUGGCAGCUUGUCCGGCGAUCGCUUACGGGUGGCUAUUUUAUAAACAUCUGGAGAUGACAAAAAUAAGCGCUCUGCGAUUUAACAAAAAUCCAAAUGUUGAAAUCUCUUUAUCUGAUGAUGCGAUUAAAGAAUUAGUGUGGUGGAGAUCACAGAUUUUAACUGCAACAAAUAAGAUUAGGUCCAGCUCUUUCGACUUGGAAAUAUUUUCGGACGCAUCUACCACAGGUUGGGGGGCCACUUGUGGUGACAAAAAGGCUAGCGGUUUUUGGAAUAGCUCGGAGAGAAAUUUCCAAAUAAAUCUCCUAGAAUUAAAAGCGGCGUUCUUAGCACUCAAAUGUUUCGCGAAAAAUGAGUUCAACAAACAAAUUUUAUUAAGAAUUGACAAUUUAACGGCUCUUGCCUAUAUUAAUAAAAUGGAAGGUACUCGUCAUAUGCAUUUAAAUUACGUUGCUAAGCAGAUUUGGGAGUGGUGUAGAAGUAGGGAAUUGUGGAUUUUCGCGGAGUAUGUAGCUUCCAAAGAUAAUAAAGCGGACGAAGGCUCUAGAAUCACAAAUGUUGAUACCGAAUGGGAACUUGCCGAUUUCGCAUUUCGGAAAAUUUGUAAUAAUUUCGGAAAUCCUUCAAUAGAUUUAUUCGCGUCCAGAAUAAAUUCGAAAUGCAAAAAAUAUUGUUCCUGGGAUAGAGACCCAGAAGCAUACGCUAUCAACGCAAUGACCGUUAACUGGAAGAAUGUUUUCUGGUACGCCUUUCCACCCUUCUCCUUAAUUACGAAAGUUUUAAAAAAAGUCAGAGAUGAAUGUUCUUUGGGUAUUCUAGUUGUCCCUUACUGGCCAAAAACUAGUGCAUCCCUUAUCACAGAACCUUACCCUGGCUUCUGGAAUUGUCUCCGGCAGACGUGGCACGAAAAGGGAUUGCAGGAAGACACUAUUGAAGUAAUGAUAGCUUCAAUUACGGAAAGCACGGCAAAGCAGUAUAAUUCGGUUCUUAAACAUUGGUGGGCAUUCUGUCAACAGAAAGAAGUUAACCCGUUCAAGGCGAAGGAAGAAACUAUUUUACAAUGCUUAACUAUCAGAUUCUCGGAAGGAAUCUUUAAAUUGCGUCCUCCGAACCCGAGAUAUCAAUCUACUUGGGACGUUAACGUGGUGCUAGACAAACUAGAGGAAUGGAUACCGCUGGAAUCCUUGGAUCUACGAAAGCUGACAUUGAAAAUAGUAAUGCUGUUGGCUUUAGGGUCGGCUUACAGAGUCCAAAACUUAUCGUUAAUCAAGUUAGAAAACAUUAAAUUCACAAAUCUAGGUGUGGAAAUUCGGAUCACAGAUCAAAUAAAAACCUCACGUCCAGGGAAAUCUCAUCCUCAGGUCUUCUUUCCAUUUUUCAUCGAGAGACCAAAUAUUUGCGUUGCGAGAACUCUGCAGGAGUAUUUAAGGAGGACAGAAAAAAUUCCAGGCAGGCCAAAUAACCUUUUUAUUUCCUUCAGAGAACCAUUCAAGAAAGUCGGAUCCCAAACUAUUAGCAGAUGGCUAAAGUUGUUAAUGAAAGAAGCAGGAAUCCAAGAUGAAUUUAAGGGCCAUAGUACUCGACAUGCCUCUACCUCCAAGGCUUGGUCUCGUGGUUUGGAUAUUAACAUUAUCAAAGAAGCAGCAGGUUGGACGCAAGCAUCCACCACUUUCGCAAAGUUCUACAAGAGACCUAUAAAAAAUUCGAAAAAUGAGUUUGCCGAAAUGAUCUUCAACUAA